AUGGAAUUUGACGAAUUGAUUGCAAAACAUAAUAUCCAAAUGGACCAACAACUUUUAGAGUCAGUAAAAAAGCUUUUAAAACACCAAAGUGGUUCAUAUUAUUUUGUCCAUAAAAAGAAGCUUAUAAUUCAAAUACUUGUUGAUGAACACCUUUCUAUUCAUGUUGUGAUUCGUUUUGGAAAAGUUAGUUAUUAUAUUCACAGUUCUACUAAAGACAUAGAUAACCCAUUUAUUGGAACACAUCAAAAAGCACAGCAUUGUAACCUCUGGGAAUCAACUUCAUUGUAUGAUUCAGUAAGAAAAUUAAUAAAAAACUUAAAAGAUAUUCCAAUAGAUUAUACUGAAAGAAUGAAAGAAUUAGAAAUUUUAAAAACACAGCUGUUAAAUAAUAUGAUUUCACUACAACAAUUUAAAAAUAAAUUUUAUAAGAUUUGUGUCUGUCAAUAUAUGAGAGAUAUAGCCAUAACAAAUCUCAAAGAAACUGAAGAAGAACAAAGAAAGAUAUUAAUACAAAGAGUUAUGUUUACACUUGACAACAUGAAAAAAAACAAGGCAAUCACAAUAGAAGAAUAUAACAAAUUCAGUGGUAUGGUGAAGAAAAAAAACCAAGAAAAGUAUUUUUAUCAAAAAUUAACUGAGGAAUAA